AUCGAGACUCAGAGUUGAACCUUCGUUUCCCGUUCUGGUAAUUGGCUUUUGUCCAAGUUCGGAUCAUGGACCACCUUCACGAGAGGGAAUGGGAGCAGUGGCGUCACCUUGCGUCUGGCUCUUGAUCUUGUGCUCCCUGCUUUUUUCUGUCCAGUCUAGUGCUGCGUUGUGCAGGACGAUAGGACUCAACUGGAUGUCUUGCCUCUGCCCGCCGAAGCAUGUGUGUUUCUGUUCCCUCUCAAAGGCUGAUGGAGGCUAAGUCUGGAAUCGGGGCUCAAAAUCGUCAAGUGAGAGGCUUAGAAGCCGUGUGUCUGCCCGGUAAAGGGAUAGCUCACUGGUGACGCCGCGGCAGCUGACAGGAGCAUAACAACCCAUGCAGGAAUCCGGCCGGUUCGGCUGAGCUUUUGGUGGCGUCGUUUGUGCUACGCAACUGUCCGUUUCCUGACUCGGGAGCCCGCUGGAUCGUGCGUAUAUCUACUGCGACUGCCCCGAUUCGUGCUUGUGUUACCGGGCUUUAGUUUGGUAUCCAG